AUGGGCAAACUUUUGCUGUUACUACUGCUGACAUUAGUGUUGGGGAUCACCUCCAGUCCCGUUCAGGUGGGCAGCCGAGCCUCCAGAGACCACAACGACUACACGAAAAACCCUCACCGAGUGGUCUGUUAUUUCGGGAGUUGGGCCCACUAUCACAAAACGGAUCCUUUCGAGAUCGAAAACAUAGAAUACGAUUUGUGUACUCAUGUUAACUAUGGUUUCGGCAAAAUCAAUGAAUCCACGUAUAAGAUUGAACAGUUUGAUCGCUAUCUCGACACCAGAGAUGAGGGACAGGGAUUGGAGGCCUACAAGAGAUUUGUCUAUCUGAAGAAGAAGAAUCCCAACUUAACGACAAUGAUAUCAUUGGGCGGUUGGUAUGAGGGGUCAGAGAAGUACUCGGAUAUGGCUAAGGAUGCGAACCGAAAGCGAUUCGUCGACAGUGUGUUGGCUUUCCUCCAAGAACACCAAUUCGAUGGACUGGAUCUCGAUUGGGAGUAUCCGGGCAACAGAGGGGGCGAUGAGGUCGCAGACAAAGCAAAUUAUAUGAAACUGUUGGCUGAACUGAGAGAGGCAUUCAAUCCGAAGGGAUAUCUCCUGACGGCAGCCCUCUCACCGGGAAAGUCAAAAAUAGACGCCGCGUAUGGAGACAUACCUAAAAUGAAUGAACUGCUCGAUUGGGCAAACAUUAUGACAUACGACUAUCACGGGGGUUGGGAAGACAUUCUCGGACACAACGCCCCACUCUAUAGCCGACCCGAUGAGACAGAAGGCGAUUACCCAUACUUUAACGUCAACUAUACUGUCAGUUAUUACUUGUCAUUGGGUAUGACGAAGGAGAAGAUGGUGAUGGGAGUGCCCUUCUAUGGCAGGGCCUGGACUCUCAUGAGUAAAGAUAAACACAAUCUCCACGAUAUCGCAAAGGGUAUGUCACCCGAAGGUUUCAUCGGAGGUGAACCGGGAGUGUUGGGAUAUAAUGAGUUAUGUCAAUUGGAACUCAAAGAGCCGACCAAAUGGCACAACAGUUACGAUCCAUACUAUAGGGCGCCGUAUGCUUAUAACGAUGAGAUAUUCAUUGGUUAUGAAGAUGUAGACAAUCGCAUACUUGAAAUCGAUGGGACUGUCGGGUGGUAUGGUGUGGGCCCUCGAGAACGACGACUUCAGGAACAGGUGCGGGGGGGGAAGAACCCUCUCAUGAAUAAAGUUCACCGUAUGUUGAAUGGCGAUGAGAUCAAGUCGCUUGAGUGUAAAUUCGCCCCGGCACCUACACCACCUACCACUACCACCACCACCACCACUACUACCACUACAACUACAACCACUACGCCGGCCCCCACAACCACGACCAGACCCACGACUACCACUAGACCUACGACCACAACCAGACCAACCACUACAACCCCGACACCUGCUCCCACCACAGAGGAACCGGUUGACGUUUGGUGCUCUCGAGAUGGCUAUAAGCCCCACCCCAGUGACCCCCACCAAUACUACCAGUGCGAAUGGUGGCCGGGACAUGGCUGGUGGAUACACGUAAUGCAUUGCCCGGCUCAGACAUUCCUGACAUUAGUGUUGGGGAUCACCUCCAGUCCCGUUCAGGUGGGGACCCGAGCCUCCAGAGAUCAUAACGAUUAUACUAAAAAUCCUCACCGAGUUGUAUGUUAUUUCGGAAGCUGGGCAUUUUACCAUAAAAUAGAUCGUUUUGACAUUGAUAAUAUUGAAUAUAAUUUGUGUACUCAUAUCAACUAUGGUUUCGCCAAAAUCAAUGAAACCACUUAUGAGAUACAAGUCUUCGACGACUGGCUUGACAUCCAUUACGAGGCGUACAAGAGGUUUGUCUAUCUGAAGAAGAAGAACCCAAACCUAACGACAAUGAUAUCAUUGGGGGGCUGGUAUGAAGGCUCAGAGAAGUACUCGGAUAUGGCUAAGGAUGCAAACAGAGCCCGAUUCGUGAAAAGUGUAUUGACUUUCCUCGAGAAAUACCAAUUCGAUGGACUGGAUCUCGAUUGGGAGUACCCGUCAAACAGAGGGGGCGAUGAGGUCGCAGACAAAGGAAAUUAUAUGAAACUGUUGACCGAAUUGAGGGCUGCAUUCAACCCAUACGGGUAUCUCCUGACGGCUGCCCUCUCACCCGGAAAGCAAAAGAUCGACAGCGCGUACGCAGACAUACGUAAAAUGAAUGAUCUAUUAGAUUGGGGUAAUAUAAUGACAUACGACUAUCACGGGGGUUGGGAAGACAUUCUCGGACACAACGCCCCACUCUAUAGCCGACCCGAUGAGACAGAAGGCGAUUACCGAUACUUUAAUGUCAACUAUACUAUCAAUUAUUACCUGUCAUUGGGUAUGAAGAAGGAGAAGAUGGUGAUGGGAGUGCCCUUCUAUGGUCGCGCCUGGAGUUUAUUGAAUAAAGAUAAGCAUAAUCUCCACGACAUCGCAAAGGGUAUGUCACCCGAGGGUUUCAUCGGAGGUGAACCGGGAGUGUUGGGAUAUAAUGAGUUAUGUCAACUGGAACUCAAAGAGCCCACCAAAUGGCACAACAGUUUCGAUCCAUACUAUAGGGCUCCGUAUGCUUAUAGCGAUGAGAUAUUCAUUGGUUAUGAAAAUGUGGACAGCAUUUCGUGCAAAAUCGCCUUCUUGAAAGCCAUGGGACUGUCGGGAGGUAUGGUGUGGGCCCUCGAGAACGACGACUUUAAGGAUAGGUGUGGGGGCGGGAAGUCACCCCUCAUGAACAAAGUGCACCGUAUGUUGAAUGGCGAUGAGAUCAAGUCAUUUGAAUGCAAAUAUGCACCAGCCCCAACACCAUCACCUACCCCUACUACAACAACCACAACACCCCGUCCCACUACCCCUACAACUAUGCCCCCGACCCCGCCCCCACCUACUACUCAGUCACCGACCACACAGACUGCUGGACACACCACCUCUAGUACUGAUUAUUGGUGUAAUAAGGAUGGAUAUAUGGCUCACCCCAGUAACCCACAUAAAUAUUACCAGUGUGAAUUUGUCCCUGGUAAGGGGUGGUAUAUCCACGAGCGAACGUGUCCUAUCCAUACGACAUGGGUACAGGAUCACCUUAGGUGCGAUGGCCCUGAUAUACCACCAAUAGAUGACUAUUAAAUGGUUUCAUUCAUAA